AUGUCGAGUUCGUCAAGCACCAACAUCAGAACGUGCUAUUGUGGAGAUAGGGUUGGAAUGUGGACAUCAUGGACUCGAAAGAAUCCAGGUCGGAGGUUUUUUGGUUGCCCAAAUUACAUGGAUGAAGAGAAGGACUGUGGGUAUUUUCGUUGGAUUGACCCACCACUAUUGAAUAAGUGGUAUAAAGAAAGAAUGUAUGAGUUAGGAGCUGUUGCUAAUGGGGGUGUAGCUAUUCCUUUUAAUAACCCUGUUAAUGAAGGUGAAAUACCUGUUGAUGGCCCUAUUGCCCCUGUGAAUGUUGAUGUCCCUAUUGCCCUGCGAAUGCUCUUGAACCUGAUAAUCAAAUUGCAAUGUGUGACAAUACACAUGUGCCUAGUAAUGAAUUUGGAUUCUGCAAGUGGAUGA